AUGUUCCGACUUUUUGUGGCGGUCGCCGUACUCGUGCUGAUCAAUGCAGAAUUGCAAAGAGUUCCGUUAUAUAAGGCAAACUCCAUUCGAAGAUCGAUUGGCAUCAAUCAUCGAAAGAGUCGUACAAUUCCAGUGAGCACUGGUAUUGUAAGGGAACCUCUAUUUAACGAAAAUGACAACGCUUCAUACUAUGGCCUUAUCACAAUCGGAACUCCGCCACAAAAGUUUAAAGUACUUAUUGACACUGGUUCCUCAGAUUUAUGGGUACCAUCCUUAGACUGUAUUUCGCACAGCGUUGCUUGCUGGGUACAUAAUAGAUAUAAUCAUGAAAAAUCCAGCACAUACUUGAAAAAUGAUACUCCAUUUAAUAUUGUAUAUGGUAGUGGUGAGGUGUCCGGAUACUUAUCUACGGAUGUAGUGAACUUUGCUGGUCUUGAUGUUAAAAAUCAAACAUUCGCUGAAAUAAGAUUCCAAGUGGGAGAUAUUUUUAUUCAUUCCAAAUUUGACGGUAUCUUGGGACUGGGUUAUCCUGAACUGAUGUAUGCCAAAGGAGUAACCCCUGUUUUUAAGAAUAUGAUUGAACAAGACCUGGUAAAGCCAGUGUUUAGUAUCUACAUAAAUCGAAGUUUCGAGUCCGAAUUGAUUGGUGAACUUUUAUUGGGUGGCUCGGAUUCUAAUUAUUACAUAGGCGAGUUUAUAUAUGUUAAUGUUUCCCACAAAAAACACUGGCAAGUUACAAUGGAUAUGAUUCAAAUAAAAAAUAUCACUUUAUGCCCAAACGGCUGCGAAGCUGUCAUCGACACGGGCACUUCUCUCAUAAUCGGACCACCAUCGGAUAUCGACAUUAUUAACAAAUUGAUCGGAGCUACUUAUACUGAGGAAGAAAUGAUGGUGGAUUGCAACAUGAUUUCUUCUUUGCCUGAUAUCUAUUUGAUCUUAAAUGGCGUUUUAUUCAAACUCACUAGUGAAGAUUAUAUUAUUAAGGAUGUACUAAACGGUACGAUCAAGUGUGCGAGUGUUUUUGGAACUAUUCCGUUUAUCAGUAAGUUAAUCGAACCGAUUUGGGUUCUUGGACAACCACUUCUACAUCAAUACUAUAUCGAGUUCGACAUGAGGAAUGACCGAAUAGGAUUCGCGUUUAGAAAUUAA